AUGAAUAUUUUACCGAAGAAACGUUGGCAUGUUAGAAAUAAAGACAAUAUCGCUCGAGUUUUACGCGAUGAAAAGAAAGCUGCGGAAGACGAACAAAAGGCAAUUCGAAGAAAAACUCUCGCGGAACAAGAAGUACGUCUAAAUUAUCUCCGAGCUAAACGCGGUGAUCAACCGAUUUCGUUUCAAAACGCUCAAGAUGCAGCAGCGACACAAAAUCCCCAGGAACAUGUGAACUUUUUUCAACUUGAAGAACAAGGAUUGAAAACUACCGAUGCGACCAAUGCUGAACACGAAAAGGAGAAAAAGGCAGAAAACGAAGAGUUCGAAAAGAAAAUUGGUUUAUUGACUUAUCUUGGUGGUAGUAUUGUGGAAAGUAAAGGAAGCGUUCCAUGGUAUCUAGAACGAAAUACUAGCAAUCAAUCAGAUGUAAGAGAUGUGUCUAGAACAGAUCGAGAAGAACGUGAUCGUCUACGCAUUCAAAAGCAAGAUCCACUCCAUCACAUGUCGAAAUGUGUCGAUGAUUUGAAACGUAAACACGAAGAUGGAAACAAAUCUUCAUCAAGCAAUUCGACGAAAAAAACUUCUGCAUCAUCAACAUCAUCCUCGUCGUCGACAACUUCUCGUAUCGAACAACUUCGUGCCGAUCGAUUGAAACGUGAAGCACAAGAACGUACAAAAACUGCAGCCUAUUUAUCACGAGUUUUUACUGGCAGUGAUUCAACACCAACUACACCUGAACCACCAAACAAAAUAGUCAACAAUAUGCAACCAAUGAGAUGA